UUCUUAAAAGAAAGUGAAACUGAAAGUACGUGCGAAGUAAAAGCUAGGAAAACGGCGCACACAUUCAAUACGUUUCCUAAAAAUCUAAGUCGAAAGGAUAGAGCUUGGAUUUUGAUCACAAGGAGGAUUUCCUGCAUUCGACUUGUUAUUUUAGAUUGUUUUAUUAAGGUGAACUGGGGACUGAAGUAGCUAGCUUGAUAUGGAUACUUACCAAGCUAAAAACAAAACAUAUGAACUACUGAACAUGGACUAAAGGCGUGAGCACAUACUGAAAACGAGGAACAACGUAAUCUUAGUCAUUUUUACUUUACUUGUUUUGUUACAGUGGGAUUAUCGAGCGCAAUGAUGAAGGGUUUUACCUCAUGUGCAAUAUUCGUCCUUCUUUUGGAUUUAGUUUUGGGGUGGGCAUAUUGGAUAACUUUACUCCUGCUACAGUGCCCAAAUUGUGGAGGACUGAUGGGACUGUGUGUUCUUGGAGUAGUCAAGUACAUAAGUUUGUAUCAUUUAUCAACUUUAUUGUCGGAUCGUGGGAAGCCAGAGCCCGUACUGCACAAGCUGGUGUGUCUCCUCUGCCUCCUCUGUCCAGUUUUUGAAAGUGGACGAAUGCUUUUGUCUAAACCUGAUCGCCCGUAUUUGGGACCGCCACCUGACCUCACACAAGUCCCCCUGAGUGCCCUGGCCUCCCUGCUGGUCUGUAUUAUCUGGGAGAAAGGACUCCGCAUAGAACCUGCCAAAAGAAAGCCUAAAAUUCACGGAGCAGGACAGCUGUUUAAGAGGCUGCUGCAGUUCUUCAAACCAGAUGUGUUUUAUCUCAUCACAGCCUUUAGUGCACUCAUUGUGGCUGUAAUCUGUGAUACAUUCAUUCCUCUGUACCAGGGGGAAGUCAUAGACAUGCUCCAAGUCUCAAUGGUUGAAAAUGAUUUAGGCUAUGCCAUUGCGAAGCUGGCAGUUGUCUCUUUUGGCAGUGCCAUGUUUUCCGGGGCCAGAGGAGGGUUGUUCAUGUUCAGCUUGGCGAGACUGAACAGGAGACUUAAGCACCUCCUGUUCCACAGACUUCUACAGCAAGAAAUACAGUUCUUUGAAGAGAACAACCCUGGCAAACUGUCUUCUCGGCUGCAUUCGGAUGUGGACCGGAUGGGGCGCACUGUGGCCUUGAAUGCAAAUGCUUUGGUGCGGAGCACAGUUAAAACCUGCCUGAUGUUGGCGGUCAUGGUUCGACUAUCCUGGGAGCUCACUGUCCUUACUGUUUUAGAGAUGCCCCUUUUAGGCCUAGUUCAGGACAAAUACACCACACUGUCCACGGAGCUGAAGGAGCAGAUUCAGUCUCACCAGGCACAGAUCAGUGAGUUGGUUCUGCAGACAGUGAGUGGCAUUGAGACUGUUCGGAGUUAUAACGCUGAAAAUGUAGAAAUAAAGAGGUACAACGCCGCCCUAGAGCAGCUCCGUAUAGUGAAAAGACAGUAUGGUAUCUACAGUUCAGCCUUUACUUUCAUCAGAAGGAUGGUCAGUUUUGUGAUAAGGAUCCUUUUUUUUGUGUUGGCAAGGAGACUUAUAUUGUCUGAUCAGCUCAGCAUUGGUAAUUUGGUCACUUUUCUGCUGUAUCAAAAGCCAAUGUCAUACAAUUUGAGGGAGAUCAUGUACGGUUAUGGAGAUACAAAGAGCACUGUUGGGGUCAUAUCUACAGUGUUCAGUUACCUUGACCGAAAACCAAAGUGUCAAACAGCAGGAGACUUGGCUCCUGAGAAACUGGAGGGAAGAAUUGUGUUUGAAAAUGUCUCCUUCACUUACCCCUCAGCAUCAUCGGAAAAAACAGCACCGACUGCACUCAAGUCUGUUUCCAUGGAGCUGCGUCCAGGACAGAUGACAGCUCUAGUGGGUCCAUCUGGGAGCGGAAAAACAACAUGUGUCAGUCUUUUAAAGAGACUUUAUGAACCACAACAGGGACAGAUCCUGCUUGACGGACAACCACUGCAUAAAUAUGAACUGAAAUAUCUCCAUAACAAGAUGGCAGUUGUGUCCCAGAAUCCAGUGCUGUUUUGUGGCUCUCUGAAGUACAACAUUGAGUACGGACUUAAGGAGAGCAACAUUGAGAAAGUCCAAGAAACUGCAAGAAAGAUCAAUGCAGAGUCUUUUUUCUCAGAUCUGGAUGAUGGAUAUGACACAGAUGUGGGUGAGUCUGGGGGCAAACUGUCAGAGGGGCUGAAGCAGAGCGUUGCCAUCCUCAGAGCUUUGGUCCGAGAUCCACGGGUCAUUAUUCUGGAUGAAGCCACCAGCAAACUGGACAUCCGCGCACAACACGCUGUCCUGGGGGAGAUCUGGUCUGGGGGGCGGACCGUGCUGGUGAUCGCCCAUCAGCUGAAGACUGUGGAGAAAGCUGACCACAUCAUCUUUUUAGAAAAUGGAGAAAUUGUUGAAGAGGGGACACACCAAGAGCUGAUGGACAAGAAAGGACGGUACUAUAGUUUAAAAGAAGAACUGUUCAAGACAUAAAGACUCAGGAGGGACUGGGGCUGUGAACCUAAAUGGUUGGGUGUUGUGAUUUGACUGUGUUAGUAGGGUAUGUAUGAUUGUUUCGAGUUUAGGCCUAAUAAUAAUUAUAAUUAAAAUUAUAAAUUUUAAAUCUGCAGUUAUGACCUUCAUGUGUUUCACAAAGCUAAACAUUGCAAUUAAAAGAGAAAAAAAAAGUAUUUACACUGAUGUCAUUUAUCAACAUGUUUUACUUGUGAACUUGUGUACUUUUUUGUAUUAAAACCACAUUUAUACUUACACA